CGCCGAGAGCGCGGAGUCGCGCGGCGCCCACUCGAGAGAAGUGGGGCGGGAUCGCGCCGUCCCAGCCCGCCCGCCAGCGUCCACGACGCUCCCGCACCCUUACCCCUCUGGCCCCUGCAGGGCGCGACCGGAGACCAUGCAGCCGCGGAGCUGAGGCGACCCAUGGCCAAAGUCAGCGGGCCCGGAGACGACGGCGCAUGGAGAACUUCCGUAAGGUGCGCUCCGAGGAGGCGCCCGCGGGGGGCGGGGCCGACGGGGACGGCCCAGGAUCCGGCCCCUUCGCCGACCUGGCGCCCGGCGCCGUGCACAUGCGGGUCAAGGAGGGCAGCAAGAUCCGGAACCUGAUGGCCUUCGCCACGGCCAGCAUGGCGCAGCCAGCCACGCGCGCCAUCGUCUUCAGCGGCUGCGGCCGGGCCACCACCAAAACCGUCACGUGCGCCGAGAUCCUCAAGCGCCGCCUGGCGGGCCUGCACCAGGUCACGCGGCUGCGCUACCGGAGCGUGCGCGAGGUGUGGCAGAGCCUCCCGCCUGGGUCCACGCCGGGUCAGACGCCUGGCGAGCCGGCCGCCAGCCUCAGUGUACUUAAGAACGUGCCCGGCCUCGCCAUCCUACUUUCCAAGGACGCACUGGAUCCACGACAACUUGGCUACCAGCCCCCAAAUCCCCAUCCUGGUCCCUCGUCCCCGUCAACCGGGCCAACGUCCAAAAGGAGCCUAGGGGAACCUGGAGCUGGAGAAGGCUCCGCGAAGCGGUCGCAGCCUGAGCCAGGGGCUGUGGACGAGGACCAGACGGCCUGAGAACCUCAGACUCCGGUCUUGGGGGUCAUCUAGACAUCUCCCAGCACCUCCACCUCCAGACGCACCUCCAGCCUUUCACGAGUGGGUCCUCUGGACCCCACAGCCUGGACACAGCGCCUCAAACAGGUAGCAUGAACCCCAAGGUGACAGGAGAAGGGCCCCAGGAGUGGCAGUAGAGGAUCCCCGACGACGCCAGGGAAGCUUAGUGAGAUGGCCGCGCCUACGGCUGUGUUGCCUGAAGA